AGAAAGAAGGUGGUGGAGGAACAGAGGAAGACGUCUGUAAACACAACAGAGAUGGAGAAACAGCCCAUUCCCUCCGUGUGUUCCGCAUGGUCGUAUUUGUGUGUAUCUGAGUGUGUGCCGAUGCGGAACAUCAACAAGAAUGACUUUAGCUGAGAAGCACGUGCAACCGAAGCAAUUACAAGGUGCUAUUUUAAGCUGCAGGCGUCUGCACAGUUGGUGUCUAAUUACAAUUAAACGAGAUCAAGCUUAGUAUGAGAGUUACAAGGGUUUGCUACCCUUAAAUGAUGACUGCAGCGGUGAUCGACCGGAAAACUUUACAUUAGGAAGCCAAAAUGUUGUGAGGCACGAGGUAACGAGCUGAGUAGACGAACGACGAUUCAGAGCCGAUGGCACAAUAAAAUCUUCGAAAAAAUUCACAAGCUACGUGCCCAAGGAUGAAGCUGCCCGAUGCAAAAAUACCAGCGAAGAAACGAGGGUUGCUGCAGCCGCGAGAAUUUUUCGAGAGCGGUUUCUUCUUUUUCUGUUUCUUCCUCUUCUUCGUGGGUAGCCCACCACGGAAAACAAGCCGCAAUAAAAUUUACAGCGUGGCCCCACUGAUUCUCGUAUAUUUAUAGCCGAUCAUUUCCACUGCGAUCCUCUCGUAAUUUUCAAGUCGAACGACCCUACGCAUCCACGAUUCCUCUUUUGCUUUUUUCUCGCCUUUACUCGUCAGAAAGCUGAUGCUUACAAUUAGAGAAUCCAAGGAACCACAAAUAUCGUACUGCUUCCAGAAAACAUGUUGCAUCUAUUUAAAAUCAGGUAAAGUCCACUAAGCGGCUGUCAAUACGUUCGACUGGGCUAGUUUAUUUCCAUGAUACAAUUUGCAUCAGAAGCAGUCUACUGGCCCAACGUGUGUCAAGUUCAUUCUGACGUAAUAUCGAGACCCACGUGGACGAUGACCGCGGACAGAAACGAAAGAGAACCACGAUGCGUUUCAACAACGACGUGUUAGAUACCGGGUUCGAUCGGUGUCCACUGAACGUUCGCUAUAGGAAAAACCACCACCCAGCCGCGAAACCAUCCCUGCUAAGUGUCAGUAGCGUGUCGUCUGUUGUUCCCAUUACACGAGUUUCCGUUUAUCCCUAGAACGUUUAUAUUAAUCGACAAAUACCUGUGUUAAAUUUUUAAAGAUUACUGGAAACUGGACUUAAGAUUUGAAGUGAUAAGAAGGUUCAAAAAAGACUGAACAGCAGAAGGAGAAAUCGGUGAAGAAGUUUGGAUGAUGGGAUAGUUUUGAACAAUCCAUGAAAUUUCGAAUGUUGACGAAUGGUGCUUGUGAAAAAUCCAUCGCCUUCCCGAGGCGAGAAUGCGAAGAAGGAUAAUAAGAGGAGAAGUCGCGCAUCGCGCGGCAAUAGCCCGGCGGAUCAGGCCACUUCCAGGGGAAAUAGUCCAGGAAAAAGCAAUAAUUCCGGUGUUAAAGUUGUCACAAAAAGUAGCCUCCAACAGUCUCGUGGAAGCGAGACUGGUAGCAUCGAAAGAUUGGUAGACGGUGAUAAAAGGGUGAUCGCCACCAAGCAUUUGCUUCCAGAGAAUAACAUAAAUGUUGUCGUCAGAGUUCGUCCACUUAGUAGAAAGGAAAUUAAAGCCGGCGACGAUAUGGCCGUGCAAUUUCCCGGAGACGGACAGAUAUAUUGCGAAGGAUUUCCAAGCAGCGUGGAGAAGAAGGGUAAAUUAUUUUCGUAUAACGUGGUAUUCGAGCCCACAGCCACUCAGGAGGACAUUUUACAAUUCUCUGGCGUGAAGAAGCUCAUUGAAAUGGCAGUAGAAGGAUUCAGUUGUACUGCGUUUUGUUAUGGACAAACAGGAAGUGGGAAAACUCACACCCUCACGGGGCCUCCGGAAAUGUUCGAAAGGAUGAACCCUUACUCGGAGCAACACGGCCUGGUCUUCCGGUCUUUCGUCUAUUUGUUUAAGUUAUUGCAAGAACGACAAGAAUGUAACUUCGUGUUGAAAGCCUCCUUCCUAGAGAUCUAUAACGAGAAGGUAAUAGAUCUGUUAAAUCCUGGCACGUCGAGGAAACCCUUAAUGGUUCGGUGGAGCAAAAAGACACGAGGUUUCUUCGUUGAGAAUCUUUUUACUGUCGAGUGCGAGGAACUCGAUGAUCUUCUGGCGGUUCUCGAAGAAGGGAUGAGAAAUAGAAAAGUUGGCUCGCACAACAUGAACGACCAUUCCAGUAGAAGUCACAGUAUCCUCACCGUCAGUAUCACAUCUGAGCAGCAGAUGGAUAACAGCGUAUUUAUAUCGAGGCAAGGGAAGAUUAACUUCGUCGAUCUGGCAGGAAGUGAAAUGACGAAGAAAACGCAGAGCGAAGGGAAAACACUGGAGGAAGCGAAUAAUAUCAACAAAAGUCUCAUGGUUUUAGGUUACUGCAUAGCCUCUUUGAGUGAUGGAAAACGCAAGGGUGGUCACAUUCCGUAUCGAGAUAGCAAACUGACUAAGCUUCUGGCCGAUAGUUUAGCAGGAAAUGGUGUUUCAUUAAUGAUCGCCUGUAUUUCGCCAGCUAAAUCGAAUGCGAGCGAAACGUUGAAUACUUUGAGAUAUGCGGCGAGAGUGAAGAAGAUUCGAACGAAACCUAUCGUAGUAAUGGAUCCUCGAGAUGCUCUAAUUCUCAGCUUAAAACGAGAAGUUGUAGCUCUUCAGACGGAAAACGAACAUCUGCGAGCGGCUCUUCAUUUAAACGAAAAUGCUUCGAGCGCAAAUCGUAGUGAAUCCAAAACUGAAAGAAGAGUACCAUUGACACCUCCAGUGGUAGAUUUGGAUAAACUAUCCGAAAUGGAACAGCCAGAAUUAAGUCAACUUAUUCACGCGUACAUUACCGAGAAUGAAGCUCUCCGUCGAGAAAAUGCGGAACUAUAUGCUACGAGGGAGCAAGUGAUACGGGAUCAGGAACUUGUUUGCAGAGAGAACGAGAGAUUGUUGAAGAAACUCGAGGAUGUUAACUCAGUGUGUUGUCGGUCACCAAUCAUACCUGCUAGACCAACCUAUUCGGCAGAAAUGCUGAACGAUAACGAGGAUACACCUGGCGCGACCAACGUUUGGACCAACCCUAACGUGGAACCUACACCUCUUUCGAGUGAUAUGAUCAGGCGUGGAUUAUACAGAUCUGCGAGUAGUAUGCCAGAGAAGAUCCAAAAGGAACUGGAUAGACGUAGGAUUGUGGGAAGUUAUAAUAACAUAGCAGAAGCGUACAAAGACAAGAGUCAUCAUCGCCGACAUAAUUCAUGGGACAAUGGAAACGGGAUGACGAGAAUGAGUCCGGAUCAGCCUAUAUCACCGAUAGACGUUAAUCAAUACAAAAAGGCGAGCAUACGUCGAACCUCAACAGUCCCUGAAGAACGAAGACCGUCGGAGACAAACGAUCCUCUGGGCGAACCGGUUCAACCGACCGAUCAUUCAUACAACGAAUCCCCAGACUCGAUUCUCAGCGGUCCUUUGGAGAUAGUGAACUCAACGCCGGACACAGCUGAGUCAGACGCUCCAACAGCGCCAUUUCCGGCGGUAUCGCACAUCUCGUCGCCGUUCGGUACCCCGGAAUCUGAAGACCAUAUGACGAGGACACCAAGAAAACCGAAAGAGAAAGAGGAUGUGACAGCUCAAAGAGCUUUUGGAAGUCCGAUUCCUGACGACGAGGAUAAACCACUUUGAACACUCGAACUAAUAAGAACGAUAGUCUGAUGUAUUUUCAUUGUGAUGACCCUUGUCUAGGUCAAGGGCAUUGGAUCGACUGUAAAGAUGAAAAACUGAAUUAGGAAGGGUGUUGUGAAAAUUAGUUAGAAAAAUAACAGAGAGGAAGAGAGGAUUUGAAUAGAUGAUUAAAAAAGAUUAUUUCGAAUGGAUGAUUAAAGUUUGAUAGGGAAAAUAUGCAUUGAUGCUAGAUAGAUUUAAAAGAGAGCAAGACGAGUUUUUUGAAAUGGAAACACAGCAAUAUCGUAUUUUCAAAAUAACGAAAACGUGUAGUACGCGUAGUAUUAUUUCUAUGUAUAAAAGUAUAUAAUUAUGUGUGAGCUUAAACAACUUGAAUACCUAAAAGUCAGUUUUUUUCGCGAUUGGGAGAAAACGACUCAGGUUAUCGAUAUUAUUGAAUUCUACCUCUGAAUAGUAUAAAAUCAGGAUUUUCUGUAAUGGCAAAGGCAUGGAUCAAAUUAAGUAUAAUAAAGUAUUUGUUUUACGAGAUUUUGUUUCUUAUUACCUAACUAUUCACUGAAUAUGGCAGUUUCGUUGGAACAUACUGACUUAUUUUGGAACUUGACUAUUGAACGAUCGUUCAAAAUAAUAUGUUCA